CACCCUCUCCCCGCGGCGCCCACGCCCAGAGCCGCGCGCCUGCCCCGGCGCAGUGCCGCAGAGCGCCCGCGUCCAGGCCGGCCCGCGCUUGCGCGCCCUCCGAGGGGGGCGGGCGCAGAGGGGCGUCCCGGGGCAGGAGCCAGCGGAGGAGGCGGCCGCGUCGCCGCCGGCGGGGCUCGCGUUCGCCCUCGCGCUCGCCCUCCGCCUCGCCCGAGCCCCGCGAGGGUGAAACGCUUUCUCCCGGCAUGCAGCGGGAGGAGGGAUUUAACACCAAGAUGGCGGACGGCCCGGAUGAGUACGAUACCGAAGCGGGCUGCGUGCCCCUUCUCCAUCCAGAGGAAAUCAAACCCCAAAGCCAUUAUAACCAUGGAUUUGGUGAACCUCUGGGAAGGAAAACUCAUAUUGAUGAUUACAGUACAUGGGACAUAGUCAAGGCUACACAGUAUGGAAUAUAUGAGCGCUGCCGAGAAUUGGUGGAGGCAGGCUAUGAUGUACGACAGCCAGACAAAGAAAAUGUCACACUCCUGCACUGGGCUGCCAUCAAUAACAGAAUAGAUUUAGUCAAAUACUAUAUUUCGAAAGGUGCUAUUGUGGAUCAGCUUGGAGGAGACCUGAAUUCAACUCCGCUACAUUGGGCCACAAGACAAGGCCAUCUGUCUAUGGUGGUGCAGCUAAUGAAGUAUGGUGCAGAUCCUUCGUUAAUUGACGGGGAAGGUUGCAGCUGUAUUCAUCUGGCUGCUCAGUUUGGACAUACCUCAAUUGUUGCUUAUCUCAUAGCAAAAGGACAGGAUGUAGAUAUGAUGGAUCAGAAUGGAAUGACACCUUUAAUGUGGGCAGCUUAUAGAACGCAUAGUGUGGAUCCAACUAGAUUGCUUUUAACAUUCAAUGUUUCAGUUAACCUUGGUGACAAGUAUCACAAAAACACUGCUCUGCAUUGGGCAGUCCUAGCAGGGAAUACCACAGUCAUUAGCCUUCUUCUGGAAGCUGGAGCCAAUGUUGAUGCCCAGAAUGUCAAGGGUGAAUCAGCUCUUGAUUUGGCAAAACAGAGAAAAAAUGUAUGGAUGAUCAACCAUUUGCAAGAGGCAAGGCAAGCAAAAGGAUAUGACAAUCCUUCUUUCCUUAGAAAGUUAAAAGCUGAUAAGGAAUUUCGGCAGAAAGUCAUGCUAGGAACUCCUUUCCUAGUUAUUUGGCUGGUUGGGUUUAUAGCAGACCUUAAUAUUGAUUCUUGGCUCAUUAAAGGGCUAAUGUAUGGUGGCGUUUGGGCUACAGUACAGUUUCUCUCAAAAUCCUUUUUUGAUCAUUCGAUGCAUAGUGCAUUGCCCCUUGGAAUAUAUUUGGCAACCAAAUUCUGGAUGUAUGUGACGUGGUUCUUCUGGUUUUGGAAUGAUCUUAACUUUUUAUUUAUCCACCUUCCAUUCCUGGCCAAUAGUGUUGCACUUUUCUACAAUUUUGGAAAAUCUUGGAAAUCAGAUCCAGGAAUUAUUAAAGCCACAGAGGAGCAGAAGAAAAAGACAAUAGUUGAACUUGCAGAAACAGGGAGUCUGGACCUCAGCAUAUUCUGCAGCACCUGUUUGAUACGGAAACCAGUGAGGUCCAAACAUUGUGGUGUGUGUAAUCGAUGUAUAGCAAAAUUUGAUCAUCAUUGCCCCUGGGUGGGUAACUGUGUAGGUGCAGGCAACCAUAGAUACUUUAUGGGCUACCUAUUCUUCUUGCUUUUUAUGAUCUGCUGGAUGAUUUAUGGUUGUGUUUCUUACUGGGGGCUUCACUGUGAGACCACUUACACCAAGGACGGAUUCUGGACAUACAUUACUCAAAUUGCCACAUGUUCACCUUGGAUGUUUUGGAUGUUUCUGAACAGUGUUUUUCACUUUCUGUGGGUGGCUGUGUUACUUAUGUGUCAGAUGUACCAGAUAUCAUGUUUAGGUAUAACUACAAAUGAAAGAAUGAAUGCAAGAAGAUACAAGCACUUUAAAGUCACAACAACAUCUAUUGAAAGCCCAUUCAACCAUGGAUGUGUAAGGAAUAUUAUAGACUUCUUUGAAUUUCGAUGCUGUGGCCUCUUUCGUCCUGUUAUCGUGGACUGGACCAGGCAGUAUACAAUAGAGUAUGAUCAGAUAUCAGGAUCUGGGUACCAGCUUGUGUAGCAGCAUCUUUAUCCUGGGAAGCAAACCUGCUGAGUGGUGCCUGACAAUUGUGUCUGUCCGUGUCUCUCUCACACUCGAAUCCACAUUCUUUGAACAAACAAUAGCAUGCUAUGUGUAGGGCUAACAGUGAAUUUUAUAGGCUUUUUUUUUUUCAACAUUUUUAUUAACAAAAGUUAACAUGGACAGAACACACUGCGACUUCUGGGAAGAAUAAAGAUCAUAAAAAGAACUUUAGUGGUUCUUAAUGUGGGAAUUCUCAACUUCUUGGUUUUGUUUUCAUAACAUUUUUCACCAAAAAAACAAACUUACUUCAUUGACAGAUAUGAUAUACUGAUCAGAAAUGUUCAGUUCUAACUAAAUUUAAAUUUGUUAUAUGACUAAAUCCUGUGAUGCAGUAUAUAAAAGAUAUUGCAUCUAAUUCCAGAAUUGUCUUGAGUAGUAUUAUGUACAUUUCAGAAUGUACAUGUAAAUACUGUGAUGAAAAUCAUGUGAUUUCAUUAGGAAUCUAAUGUAAUGUUUCUAAAAAGGCUCGAGAAAAUAAUGUUCACAAAAAGUGCUAAUAGUAUUUUGUUUCAGCUGUUGCAAUGCUGAAAUAUUUCUAGUUCAGUGAAAUAAUUUGUAGUAACCUUGCUCUGGGUUUUAUGACCCAGUAAUAAAGCACUUGCAUGAGUAAUAGUAAGUCAUACUAUUUUGUUCAAAUUUAAAAGCCCUACUAAGUGCAUGAUAUACAGCAUAGAAUGUGUACUAGCUGAUGCUACCCAUUGAAGCAUAAAUUAGAAUUUAUUUUGAUGUGCAAACAGUCUGGUUUUUAAGAAUUUAGGUGGUGGGUUCAAGAAAAGGCAGAAUGUGUUAUAAAAUUUCAAGACAAAUAAGCUUUUAAAAUUCUGAACUGCGAAAUAACAGUUUAGUUAACGGUGGAGCAUGAUCUCUGUAUAUAGCACAUAUGAAUAAAAG